CCGCAGCGUUUCACCUUGUUUCACGAUUGACGUCGCGUCACUUGUCCGCAGCACGAAAGGAAGUAUAACUUUGCUGCUGUUACACAGGACUGCGUAGCAAGAAUUCUUUUGCUUUCUUCCUUGUCUUUCCUUUCAGAUGAUACUGGACGAGAAAUGCAUUCUUGCACCGCCUCCUCCUUAUGUCCAGGCUACUGCAGGAGGCUGCCCGCUUCGUCGCCGGUCAGACUUGACACUCUCGUCCCUCCCAUCCCAUCUUUUACUUCAAGUUGUCUACUGUACAUUCCCCCUUGAGGAUGGCGAGCACGACAGCGACUCUAAAGCUGUCAGACAGCGGGAGAAUCUGCACUGGUUGGAAAAGUCGUUGAGACUGGUGAAUAGAGCGCUGUACAUUGCUUGUAUGCAUAUAUUAAGGUCGACGUAUCUCCCAGCAUACGACCGUCUCGUACGACCGCCAUAUACCUCGGAUCCAUUCCCUACCUCUUCGGUUUCCGAGACCCAAUCAUCCACUUCCCCAUUAUUCACCCACCAUCGAGAACUAGCGACUCUCGAUCGCUUCAUUUCUCUGCUGGCGCAUGAAGACCGCCUCCUAGACGCGUCAGACCUUCAUUUACCUCGUGAAGAGGCUUACAAGGAUCUUUUCGACCUUGUGCAGCCAAAGAGCCGGCUGGAGGACUUGAUAGCAGAACAAGGAUGUAGUUGUGGUGUUGUGGUCUUUGACCGUCUGCGCUCGAAAGGCCAUCGUUCAACUAACAGUGGCUUGUCGGUCGUGUCAGUCUCGUCGGCAAUGACGUCGACGUCGACGCUCAGUUCUCCCCACGAUUCGACUUCUUCAAUCAAGAAACACUAUGAUAACGAGCUCACUUCUUCGUCGCCGAUGCUGUCCAUGCAAACACCUCCUAAAGUAAAGCAGAAGAAGUCCUCAUUUAACCUGUUCUCUUUCCGACGUUCCAAGAAAUCCAUCACCCCUCCUCCGCCUGUUCCCGCCCAGAAAUACUCCAUAGAUCCCAUUCCAUUUUCCACCCUAACCGUCUCUUUCUCUCCAAAGAGCGUAGGCCUUGUGUAUACCCCUCCUCCCCAGGCUCUGUAUUCUGCUUUUACCACCUGUUCAUCCUUUCCCUAUGGAGGAAGCACGUAUGGGUCCUUGAGUGUGAGCAUGAACGCCAAUGUUCUGCGAAAAAAGACGCUCGUCGAAAUCAGCAGAGCCAGAGAUGAGCCUCUCGAGGUCAGCGCUAACCGAUUGGUGCAGUCCUUGAAAGCGUGGCUUGAAGAAAACUAGAGUAUCUCCCACUUUUUGGAUAGCCGAAAUCUGUGCAUCUCCCUUCGUGUCGUCGUAAUAUUCACAAAGACGUGUAUUGACGGAGUUUUCCAUUCUUACCGGUGCAGGGUCUUAUAUCCAUAUUCACUCAUAUCUAGAAUAUUUUUGUCUCCCGUAUUUUCGCAUAUGUAGGAUAGCAGCAGUACGUAACAAGGGGUGUGUAAAAUAUAACAGCGAGGCAUAAAAUGAAACAAUAUUUUCUACAGAC